AUGAACGAACAAGAAAGAACAAAUGAGGAAGAAAGCAAAGUACUAAGCAAAGUAAAUGAAACGAAAAUUUCAAGAAAAAGAAAACUACAGGAAACUGAAGCAGAUGAGAGUGAUGAAGGAGAAGGAAAUAAUAUUAGUAGAAAAACCUACAAGUUGAAAAAAAGAAAAAAAAAAAAAUUUUUAAACAUUUUUAAUAACAUUUUUAGCUGGAUAAUAAGUAAGAGUACAAAAAUCCCAUCUAAAGAAAUUGAAUGCAUAAAUGAUGUAAAUUUUUUCAAUUUUACUAAUGUCUUAUCAAAACAUUUCGGUUCUAAGGUUCUAUUUGUAACAGAUGAAUCGAUAAGUAAAUCUGAAAAUUUAAUGAUUGAAGAAAAAAUAGGAUGGAUAACUAGAAGAAGAAGAGAUGUAGGACAUGAAUGGUUAAUACUGAAAUUGAAGUACCCAAGUAUUAUAUAUGGUCUGGAAUUAAAUUUUGAUAAUAUGGAUGAUGAUAUAUGUCCACAUUUAUCGAUUGAAGUUGUAGAAAAUUCUUGCAUAGAUGAGAUAAUUAAAGAAGAAGAAUUUAUAAUUAACGAAGCAGAAGGGAAAGAAGAAAAAAUAAUAAAAAGAAAAAGUUAUAAUUUUUUGGAAUCAUAUAAAAUAGAUAAAUCUAUUUCAGAUAUAUUAGAAAAUCAAAAUACUCCAUGGGUUGAAUUACUUCAAGCAGAUUGUGUAGACUUUUUAAAAUGUACCAAUAAAAAAAGAGUAUACUAUUUUAAAAUUAAUGACCAGUCUUUAAUUAAACCUUGGACACAUAUAAGAAUUAAUUUAUAUCCAGAUGGAGGUAUAAAUAACAUAAAAUUUUAUGGAGAAUUUGUUUCUUUAUUUAAAAAACAUACAAUUGUAUCAAAACAAAAAAUAUUUUUAAAUAAACCUGAAAAUGGAUGUACUUUAAUUUAUUAUCAUUGUGAUAAUAUUUAUAAAGGACACCCAAAAUAUAUUAUUGAUUCAUAUAAAACAGAUGGAUUUUGUACUAAAAGAUUAUUUAAUAGACCUCCUAUAAUCUUAAGAACACUAUCAUAUAAUUCUAUUAAAAACAUUUCUAUCUUUAAAUUUGGUGUUAGAGGUAUAAUUGAAAACUUUACAAUUGACAUAGGAAAUUAUAAAUAUGAUCAUCCAGAGUGUAUACAAAUAUAUUUGCUUGAUUGCAUAGAUAUUCUUACUUUAGACUUACUAGAGCAAAAAAGAAUUUUUGAAGAAGAUGAAAAAUUAGAAAAAAAAAAAAUUGACUGGUUACAGCUACCUCCAUGUAAAAUAGCUACAGAUCAUAAAAAAACAUUCUACAAUUUUAAUUUAUUAGAAUAUAAUUUUACACUUAUGGAGAGAACAGCAACACACUUUAAAAUUUCCCUUCAUCCGGAUGGCGGAAUUUCUCAGGUAAAUGUCAUAGGAACAGUGUUGUCCACUCCACCCUGA